AUGGCUAAAAUCAUGGUGAAUGCCACUCCUCCUCCCGCACUACCUUCCUGCAUCUUCUUAUUCAUUAUCUUUAGUUUGCUAUCGCAAAUCUUAGCGCAGGAUCAAGUUUCCAAAACAUUCAUUUUCAGAAUUGAUUCCGAAUCAAAGCCCUCUAUUUUCCCAACCCAUUAUCAUUGGUACACCGCCGAGUUCGCCGAGCCAACUCGCAUCCUCCAUCUGUACGACACCGUUUUCCACGGCUUCUCCGCGGUGUUAACACCACAACAAGUUGCAUCCCUUGGCCAGCACCCCUCCGUGCUCGCGGUCUUCGAGGACCGUCGCCGGGUACUACACACCACUCGCUCCCCGCAGUUUCUUGGCUUGAGAAACCAGCGUGGCCUGUGGUCCGAAUCCGAUUACGGCUCCGACGUGAUCAUCGGAAUCUUCGACACCGGAAUUUGGCCGGAGCGGCGGAGCUUCAGCGAUUCGAAUUUAGGCCCCAUUCCCAGACGCUGGAAAGGGGUGUGCGAGACGGGUGUGAAAUUCUCACAUAAAAAUUGUAACAGGAAGCUGAUUGGCGCGAGAUUCUUCUCCAAAGGUCACGAGGCAAGUGGCGCAUCCAUCAACGACACCGUCGAGUUCCACUCUCCUCGAGAUGCCGACGGCCACGGAACCCACACGGCGUCCACUGCCGCGGGUCGCUACGUUUUUGAAGCCAGCAUGGAGGGCUACGCUUCUGGAAUCGCGAAGGGUGUGGCUCCGAAAGCGCGACUGGCCAUGUACAAGGUGUGCUGGAAGAACUCCGGUUGCUUCGAUUCCGAUAUCCUCGCGGCAUUCGACGCCUCCGUAUCCGACGGUGUCGACGUCAUUUCGAUGUCAAUUGGCGGCGGAGACGGCAUCGCUUCCCCUUACUACCUGGACCCUAUUGCGAUCGGGUCUUACGGUGCAGUUUCAAGAGGAAUUUUUGUGUCUAGUUCGGGUGGAAAUGACGGGCCCAGUGGAAUGUCGGUGACUAACCUCUCUCCAUGGUUGACGACGGUGGGAGCGGGCACUAUCGAUCGUGAUUUCCCGGCGGAGGUGAUACUGGGCGACGGGCGUAGACUCUCCGGCGUGUCUCUUUACUCGGGAGCGCCGUUGAAGGAGAAAAUGUAUGAACUAAUCUACCCUGGAAAAUCUGGUGCUAUUACGGAUUCGCUGUGCAUGGAGAAUGCAUUGGACCCAAACAUGGUGAAGGGGAAGAUAGUGGUUUGCGAUCGAGGAAGUAGCCCUAGAGUUGCCAAGGGGCUGGUGGUGAAGAAAGCCGGUGGAGUGGGAAUGAUUCUGGCGAACGGCAUUUCCAACGGCGAAGGUCUAAUCGGCGACGCUCAUCUUCUCCCCACUUGUGCUCUCGGUGCUGACGAGGGGGAUGCCAUCAAAGCAUACAUCUCUUCCUCUUCGAAUCCAACAGCCACAAUUGAUUUCAAAGGCACUGUAAUUGGAAUUAAACCAGCACCAGUUGUGGCUUCUUUUUCGUCCAGGGGACCCAACGGGUUGAACCCGGAGAUACUCAAACCGGAUUUGAUUGCUCCGGGAGUCAACAUUCUGGCGGCUUGGACGGACGCGGUUGGUCCUUCGGGUUUGGAUUCGGACCCUCGAAGAACCGAAUUCAACAUUUUGUCGGGUACCUCAAUGGCUUGUCCUCACGUGAGUGGAGCAGCGGCAUUGUUGAAAUCUGCGCAUCCUGAUUGGAGCCCAGCGGCUAUAAGAUCGGCGAUGAUGACGACAGCGACGAUCGUUGACAACACGAACCGCCUCAUGACCGACGAAGCCACCGGCAAUGGUUCCACGCCCUAUGACUUUGGCGCUGGACAUCUCAACCUGGGUCGUGCCAUGGACCCUGGUUUGGUUUACGACAUGACCAGUGAUGAUUACGUUACCUUCCUUUGCGGUAUCGGUUAUGGGCCCAACUUGAUUCAGGUGAUUACGCGUUCGCCGCCCAACUGUCCCCCGAGGAAGCCAUUGCUGGAGAAUCUGAAUUACCCGUCGUUUGUUGUUCUGUUCCCGGUGUCGUCCAGAGGUUUGGCGAGGAAGACGUUCAUGAGGACGGUGACGAACGUGGGCCCGAGAAAUUCUGUUUAUAGAGUGAGAGUGGAGUCGCAGUUGCAGGGGGUGACGGUGACAGUUAGGCCGUCACGACUUGUGUUUUCGGAGGCAGUGAAAAAGCGGAGGUUCGUGGUGACGGUGACGGCGGACACCCGGAAUCUGGUGUUGGGUGAGUCCGGGGCGGCGUUCGGGUCGCUUUCUUGGACGGAUGGGAAGCACAUGGUUCGUAGCCCCAUAGUGGUUACUCAAACCCAACCACUAUAA